UCGCACUUGCCGAUGGCCAACACACCGAAGCGCAGAACGACCGGAGCUCAUCGGAUGGAACUGUGUUCAGACCCGACCUAAUUUGUAGCUGAAUUGUAUUUGGGCGCUACAUUCCGGAGCAAAAAUAGCCGAUUCGACCAACCGCCAAAGGGCCUACUGAGACGAGCGAGUUUCCAGGUUGGCAGUUCGGGUGCCUGGUUCGCGGUCCGCCGCUCAAGAAAGACUCAGGUACCUGAAUUCUGGCGUUCUGGCCCAGUCGCGGCUUACGUCGGCCCUGGUAUCUAAGGUAAUGGAGGGGCACGCAAAUCGGCUCCGACAAAGAGUCCUGCCGACGAUAGAAGGGUGGAGGACCUGUGCAACAUGCUCUCCACCCCGCGUUUCGUUCCUUUCGCAGUUGAACUGGUUAGGAAAAGGCCGUUAUUGUCGACCACUCUCCCACCGAUACCGUCGGGCCUUGUCUGGGACUUCAGUUCUACAAGCUUCCAACAUGUGGUUGGCAAAUGAGACCACGGCCGAAAAAUCGGAUACUCCGAUGCACAAUGCCUGGAUCGGCAGUGCCGGAGCCGCCGGCUACGAUCUCAGGAGCGACACCAUGACCACUCCGACGCCAUCUAUGCUGGCCGCAAUCCAGUCUUGCACCCUGUUGGAUGAUGUUUUCCAGGAGGACCACACGACAAUCGACCUGGAGAGUCAUUGUGCCUCCCUGACCGGCAAGGAAGCCGGGCUUUUUGUACUCUCGGGCACCAUGGGGAACCAGCUGGCUUUGAGGUCGCUGCUGACACAACCUCCCCACGGAGUGCUGUGCGACUACCGUUCCCACAUUGUGAAAUAUGAGGCUGGAGGCGUCGCCACCCUGACGGGUGCCUUGGUCAAAACGGUCGUGCCGAAGAACGGUGUUUAUUUGACUCUGGAAGACGUCAAGGCCAACGUCUAUCUUGACGACGACGUGCAUACGUGCCCAACCCGCGUCAUCAGCUUGGAGAACACGCUCAAUGGCAUGGUCAUGCCGCUUGAAGAGGUCCGACGCAUUUCGUCCUUUGCUCGCGAGCACGGCAUCAAGAUGCACUGCGAUGGCGCGAGGCUUUGGGAAGUGGCGGCCUCGGGCGCCGGCAGCCUCGUUGAGUUUGCCUCCUGCUUCGACACGGUGACCCUCUGCUUCUCGAAGGGCCUCGGCGCCCCGAUUGGAAGCAUUCUGGUGGGCGGCAAGGACGUGAUCAAGCAUGCUCGCUGGGUGAGGAAGUCAAUCGGCGGCGGGCUGCGCCAGUCAGGCGUCGUUACAGCCCCAGCCCGUGUGGCUGUCGACGAGACGUUCGGAAAGGGCCCCAAUGGCGAGGGUGGCCUGCUGCGCAACACGCAUAUCCUUGCGCAAGAGGUGGCCAAGAUGUGGACAGCUUUGGGCGGCAAGCUUGUCCAUCCUGUGCAUACCAACAUGGUUUGGAUCGACCUGGAGGAGGCUCGCUGUCCGGCUGCCAGGUUUGAGCAGCUCGGAAAGGAAGCUGGCCUCAAGCUCAUGGGCGGUAGACUGGUAACUCACUACCAGAUCUACCAGAACCGGGACUUCGUCAUCCCAAAACUAGCAGGCAUCUUCAAGGCAGCACUGCAGGGUAAGGCCGAGGGUGGUGCGACAUAUACAAACAGAGACGGGGAGGCGUCUUUGUACCGGUCACAAUAGAUCAAUUCACACCAAUGUACAAUCACCUCGAGCGUUAAUUAUGGGCUUUGCGUCCUAUCGUUAUAAUGCCGUUGUGCCGUUG